UCUUGGUGAUUAGUUUGGCCUGCUUUGUUUGUGGUUGCGCUUGCUCAGCCCGCCGAUGUGUUGUGCGUUCCCACGGAGGUGGCUUUAGAUUGAACCCUUAUUUAUAUAUUUUGGUUUGGAUAUAGUAUAACAUAAAAGAAAACAUGGGAAAGAAAGAGGAAGAAGACAUUAUAAGGAUCGCAAAGAAAAUGGAUAAGAUGGCGCAGAAAAAGAAUGGGGCUGGCGCCUUGGACCUGCUGAAAGAACUGAAGAACAUUCCCAUGACUCUGGAAUUGCUACAGUCUACCAGAAUAGGGAUGUCUGUGAAUGCCAUUCGCAAGCAGAGCACGGAUGACGAGGUUACAUCACUAGCCAAGUCACUCAUCAAAUCGUGGAAGAAGCUUCUAGAUGAGCCAGGGGGUGGCGACAAGUCAUCAGAGGAGAAGAAAAAGGAACCUACAACUCCAACUGUCUCCUCUUCACAGAACAGUCCUGAGCCAAGAGAGGAGAGCAGCUCCAGCAGCAACUCAAGCAGCAAAAGCGAAACCAGCGACAUCACGCCCAACACGCUGAUCACCACCUUCCCACGAGCACCGAACACGUCCGAUUCUGUCAGGAACAAAUGCAGGGAGAUGCUGUCCAGUGCCUUGCAAGCAGGGAAUGACUACAUUGCCAUUGGUGCUGACUGCGAUGAGCUUGGAGCUCAAAUUGAGGAAUGCAUUUUCCAGGAGUUUAAAAACACUGAUAUGAAAUACAAAAACCGAGUUCGGAGCCGAAUCGCCAACCUGAAGGAUAUCAAGAACCCCAGCCUGCGGAGGAACGUGCUGUGUGGCAACGUGCCUCCCGAUAGGAUGGCCCGGAUGACCGCGGAGGAAAUGGCCAGUGACGAGCUGAAGGAGAUGCGCAAAAACCUGACCAAAGAGGCCAUCCGAGAGCACCAGAUGGCCCGAACGGGCGGCACUGAGACCGACCUGUUCACUUGUGGCAAAUGCAAAAAGAAGAACUGCACGUACACCCAGGUUCAGACCCGGAGUGCUGAUGAACCAAUGACCACAUUUGUCCUCUGUAAUGAAUGUGGCAACAGGUGGAAGUUUUGCUAGUCGGAAGACGAGAGCCCACGAAAGAGAUGCAGCAAGACUGCCGGACCACAGGACUUCACUUUGUACCUGUCUUUGUAAACAGAAACCGUUUGAAAGUUCACAUUUAGUGAAACUUGCAGAGUGGACAGCCACAAAAGAAACCACCACUGUUUUUAUUGAAACCAUCUUGUUCAUAGACGCAUUUCCUGUAUUUUAAGUAUACAUUAGGUACAGCUGUCAAACUACGAUUAAUGUUAAUGUGUUUUUCUUUUACUGUCAUUUUUUUAUAUGUAGUUUGACAUUAAACUUUGAUCAAUAAGUACCGUUU